AUGGCUUCUUCCAAUGAUCAGCAAAUCCAGCCGCAUCUCAUGGCCAAGCCAACAACCCUUAACCAUAUUCCCAUUGCCGUUAAUAAAGAACAAGAAGAACAAGACCAAACUUUUGGCAACUACAUCAACUACAUCCCCAACCACUUCAAUGGGUUCCAAUUUUCGCCUUCUGUUUUCCUUUCUCGUAUUCGUUUUCGUUUCGGAAGCUGGAGCCAGACCCAAUAUUUCGCACCCGGGUACAGGUUCUGUCCCUUGGACAGCGAGCUCAUUGUCCACUACUUGCGGAAGAAGGUUAACAAUGAGGCGUUGCCGCAUAAUGGAAUCAGGGAUGUGACUCUUUACCAGCACAAUCCGGAAUACCUCACGGCUCGGUAUCCAGCAUUAGGGGAUAAAAAAUGGUACUUCUUCACAUCAAGGGACCGAAAAUAUCCGAAUGGAUUCCGACCUAAUCGAGCAACCGAUAAUGGAUACUGGAAAGCCACUGGAGCAGAUAAGUUUGUGCACUACAAAGAUCAGGUUGUUGGGCCUAGGAAGGCAUUAGUUUUCUAUGAAGGAAAGCCGAAGCCAGGGAAGGGUAUAAAGACCAAUUGGAUCAUGCACGAGUUUCGAGUCAAGGGGCCUCCUAGAAUCAAAGAGAAUCAACAUGAUAUGAAGCAAUGCAUCGGGAAGACAAUCGGCUCGACUUAUGGUUGA